CAGCCCGCGUAAUAACAUCCUGAUCUGUGAUUCCACCGGAAGUUCACUACGCCGCUCGCGCUGUUGCCACGACAACACAAACAGUGCUAAGUUCUGACGGUUCGCAACCGACAGCACCGACACAUCUGCAGCACAGACCUUAAAGAUCCAGAUUCUGUAUUGUUACCGUCAUCACAGCAGGAGACGAUGAUCCCACCGACAGACUCUCUCCUGAAAUACAACAACCCGGUGUUGAUCAGCAAGACCACAGACAGGAAAUCACCUAAGGCGCGCCCUUUAAGAGCGUGCCCUCAGCAGCCCAUUGACUCCUGCCCUGUUCCACCUCCACCUAAAUCCAACGAUACUGACGCCACCGGGAAAGAAAAUGAGGCCACUCUGGACACCAUCUUCCCACCAAGAAAAUGGAUGGUAGAGAACCAACAAUGGCUGCAGCAAGUGUCCAGCACUCCUUGUACAAGAACAGAUGUUGUACGCCUCGAGGAACUGCUGGACACAAACCUGCAGCAGAGGCAGGCCAGAGAGACGGGCAUCUGUCCCGUUCGCAGGGAGCUCUACACCCAGUGCUUUGAUGAGCUCAUCCGACAGGUGACCAUCAAUUGUGCCGAGAGGGGCCUGCUGCUGUUGAGGGUUCGAGAUGAGAUUAAAAUGACGAUUGCUGCUCACCAGACCCUGUAUGAGAGCAGCGUCGGGUUCGGCAUGAGGAAAGCACUGCAGGCUGAGCAGGGCAAAGCUGACAUGGAGAAACGUACUGCUGAUCUGGAGAAUGAGAUUCACGACCUGAAGAGGCAACUGAACGAAGAGAAAGCUAAAUGUGACGUGAUAGAACAGAGAGAGACUGAAAAGCGACAGGUGGCAGAAAAGAAGCACACAGAGGAGAUUCAGUUCCUAAAGAGAACCAAUCAGCAACUCAAGGCCCAGCUGGAAGGGAUCAUCACAUCGAAGAAAUAA